ACGAUCAAUAAUCAAUAUAAUUUAAAACAAUCAGAUUUAUUAACUUUGAAAACUCUUGGUGAAGGUCAAAGUGGUACUGUUACAAAAUCUUUACAUAUACCUACAAAUAAAACAAUGGCAAAGAAACAAAUCUUGUUUGAAAAAAAUUUUAAAGUUCAAAAUCAAAUUUUAAGAGAAUUAAAGAUUCUUAAUGAUGUUAAAAAUCCAUAUAUUAUAGAGUUUUAUGGCGCAAUUUUCAUUGAUAGAAUUAGAAGUAAUGGUGUUUUAAUAUGCAUGGAGUAUAUGGAUUGUCGUUCAUUAGAUCAUAUCCUAAAGAAAUUGGGAUUUUUAAAAGAAAUUUAUUCAAGUAAAAUAACUUUUGCCAUAUUGCAAGGUUUAAAUUAUUUAUAUGCAAAGCAUAAAAUCAUUCAUAGAGAUAUAAAACCAUCAAAUGUCUUGCUAAAUUCAAAAGGUGAAGUUAAAAUUUGUGAUUUUGGUGUUAGUAGAGAAUUAAAUAACAAUUCAAUUGCAGAUACUUUUGUUGGUACUUCAACUUAUAUGUCACCUGAAAGAAUUCAAGGUGAUGUUUAUUCCAUUAAAGGUGAUGUUUGGUCUUUAGGCUUAAUGCUUAUAGAAUUAUCAACUGGUGAAUUCCCAUUUGGUAAAAAAGAUACACCAAAUGGUAUAUUGGAUCUUUUACAAAGAAUUGUUAAUGAAGAACCACCUUCAUUACCAAGAUCCAAAUAUAGUAAAGAGUUGUGUGAUUUUGUUGAUUUAUGUUUGAAAAAGCAAAAUGAACGUCCAACUCCAUUAGAAUUAUUAAACAUGCCA